GGUAUGAUCAAUAGUAAUAGCGAUGUUUGUCUUAGCAAGAACCAUCAACUGUAGUUGAUGUUAGCUCUAUUUUUUAAAUAUACACUUCCUUGUGCACAAAUAAACCUGUCCUGACAGAGUAUGUGGGAAAUCCCCAUGCAGAUUUCGAGCCCUGUACCGAGACCUCGGCCAGACCAUCAACACAGCCAAUGACGCGGAGGACCUCAGGUGGUGGAGGAACACCCAUGGGCCAGGAAUGAGCAUGAAUUGGCCACAGUUUGAGGAGUGGUCACCAGAAGCAAACCGAUCCAUCAGUCGAAGAGAAAGAAACAGUCAUUCUGAUGACGUGGUCACUCUGACUAAUAUUGUCUCAGCAGGAGACGAACCCCCGAAGACUCCACAGGAAACUACAAGGUGGCUUGAGGCGGAUGGCUAUUACGAGAACCUAAGUGGCUAUGCACCGGGAGUGUCAGUGCAACUUUUUUUUUCUUGACCUCCUCUCUCGGAGUACAGACAACAGCUCUGUUCUAAAACCUAGUUAGCAGCCUACCUAGACAGUAUUUUAAGGAAUCAUGGAUGCACUCCUGACACAAAGGUUGUUACAAAAGUGGGUAUUAUGCAGUAGUGAUAUGCUGAAAUUCCAGCUAUUGAAACAUUUCGGCAAGAAAAGGCCAAAAUGGUUCUGGAGGGCCAAAAUC